CAAGAUCGCGCGCAGCUCGGAGCGCUUCAAGGAGCUGACCCCCAACUACAAUCCCGACAUCAUCUUCAAGGACGAGGAGAACACCGGCGCCGACCGCCUCAUGACCCAGCGCUGCAAGGACCGUCUGAACUCGUUGGCCAUCUCGGUAAUGAACCAGUGGCCCGGGGUGAAGCUGCGGGUGACCGAAGGCUGGGACGAGGACGGUCACCACUCGGAAGAGUCUCUGCAUUAUGAAGGCCGCGCAGUGGACAUCACCACGUCUGACAGGGACCGCAAUAAGUAUGGACUGUUGGCGCGCUUGGCAGUGGAGGCCGGCUUCGACUGGGUGUAUUACGAGUCCAAGGCACACGUGCAUUGCUCCGUCAAGUCCGAGCACUCAGCUGCGGCUAAGACAGGUGGCUGCUUCCCUGCUGGAGCCCAGGUGCGCCUGGAGAGUGGGGCACGUGUGGCCUUGUCAGCCGUGAGGCCAGGAGACCGAGUGCUGGCCAUGGGGGAGGAUGGGAACCCCACCUUCAGUGAUGUGCUCAUUUUCCUCGAUCGAGAGCCAGACAGGCUGAGGGCCUUCCAGGUCAUUGAGACUCAGGACCCCCCACGCCGCUUGGCCCUCACACCUGCCCACCUGCUCUUCACGGCCAACAAUCACACACAACCAGCAGCUCACUUCCAGGCCACAUUUGCUAGCCAGGUGCAGCCUGGUCAGUAUGUGCUGGUGGCUGGGGUGCCCGGCCUGCAGCCUGCCCGAGUGGCAGCUGUCUCCACACAUGUGGCCCUUGGGGCCUAUGCCCCAUUAACGAGGCAUGGGACACUGGUGGUGGAGGAUGUGGUGGCCUCUUGCUUUGCAGCCGUGGCUGACCACCACCUGGCUCAGUUGGCCUUCUGGCCACUACGACUGUUUCACAGCUUGAUGUGGGGCAGCUGGACCCCAGGGGAGGGUGUGCACUGGUACCCCCAGCUGCUCUACCGCCUGGGACGCCUCUUGCUGGAAGAGGGCAGCUUCCACUCACUGGGCAUGGCCGGGGCAGGGAGCUGAAAGGAUCCCUCCACUGCCCUCCCAGAACUGCCCAAAUGGAUCCAAAGGUCUCCCCGCCAGGAGGGCCCUGGCCCUGGAAGGGACCUGGGUGGCGACACUGGUUCCUACCAUCUCCUCUACCACAGAGAUACAUCAUUGAGACUUGACUGGGCCAUGCCAGCGUCCCCCACCCCCAUCUUGGUGUAGUAACAGAGCUGCAGGCUGAGCAGCCAAUGGGCUGUGGUCUCUUCUUCUACCCUAGAGACCAGUGGGUCCCAACCCAGUCAGCUCUCACUACGAUUUUUCAUACCUGCCUCCCUCAAUGGAGAGGGCUCAUUCCAUCCAUCUUAGGCCCCUCUUAGGUGGGCUUGCACCUCAGUUGAUGCUGCUAGAUUCCCUGGGAGCCAGCAGGGAGCUGGCUGGACUCAAUGCUGCCCGGAACUGAGAAGGCUGUAGGGUGGGGCAGCCAGCCUGGCCAUCCUGAGGCAUGAUCUUCCUUUCUGGCCACACUCCUCAAGACACACCCACAGACUGUCGCAGUCAGUGUACAGAAUUCUGUGUUCCAGCCAAUGUGAUCAUGGUGCCCAGGACCGGGGGAGUGGGCUAGAUGUCCUGCCCACCCUUGCCCACCCCCACCCAGGCCAUAUGCUCCCUCUUCUGCUGAACCAUGACCCCCACCCCUCCUCCGGUCAGUCUCCCCCACCUUAUUUAUUGGCGCCGAGGGGAAAUCCAUGGGAAAACUUGGGGGAUGUUUUGCUCUUUUCUUCCUUUUGUAAUAAAAGUUAUUUAAGUUGUUAGA